GCCCCGCCCCUCAGGAGCCGGCGGAGCCCCCGCAUCCAGCCCCUCUUCCUGCCCCUUCCCCGGCCCGCCGCGCCGUCCCGGUGGGAUGGAAGUGCCCCCGUAAGCUGCUCCCUUCUCCCCGGUAGCGGGCCGGCGGGGCGCCCGAGUUCGGUGCAAAAAUGCUGGGCAUGUACGUGCCGGAUAGGUUCGCCCUGAAGUCGUCCCGGGUGCAGGACGGGAUGGGGCUCUACACGGCCCGCAGAGUGAAGAAGGGUGAAAAGUUUGGUCCCUUUGCAGGGGAGAAGCGAAUGCCGCAGGAACUGGAUGAGAGCACGGACUGCAGGCUCAUGUGGGAAGUUCGUGGGAGCAAAGGCGAGGUCCUUUAUAUCCUGGAUGCCAGCAACCCUCGCCAUUCCAACUGGCUGCGGUUUGUCCAUGAGGCUCCAUCCCAGGAACAGAAGAACCUGGCAGCCAUCCAGGAAGGGGAAAAUAUUUUCUAUCUGGCUGUGGAAGAUAUUGAAACAGAUACAGAACUUCUGAUUGGGUACUUGGACAGUGACAUGGAAGAGGAGGAGGAGGAGGAAGAAGGAACAGUUAUCCAGGAAGAUGAAGACAGUGGCAGCAAUAAAGAAGUGCAGCUGGCUGGUGAAAAAACUGCAGAUCCCCUCACCUGUAAAAAGGACCAUGCAUGCCCAAACUGUGAAUCCAGUUUUGCCAGUCAGGAGAUCCUAGCUGAGCAUCUGCAGACUUUGCACCAAAAACCCAGUGAGGAAAAGGAAUUUAAAUGCCGAAACUGUGGAAAGAAAUUCCCUGUUAAACAAGCUCUACAAAGACAUGUCCUUCAGUGCACAGAGAAUAUCAGCCCAGGAGACUCCUCAAGAAGUUUCCAGUGCUCUGUUUGCAAUACUGCCUUCAGCUCAGAAUCGAGUUAUGAGCAGCACAAGGAGGCAUGCAGAGGGGAUGCCAGGUUCAUAUGCAAGGCAGAUAGCUGUGGGAAGAGGUUCAAGAGCAAGGAUGCCCUGAAAAAACACAAAGAAAAUGUCCACAGUGGAAAUUCUAGGAAGAAGCUGAUGUGUUCAGUGUGCAAUAAGAAAUGUUCCUCAGCAGCAAAUCUCCAGGAGCAUCGAAAGGUCCAUGAGAUCUUUGAGUGUCAAGAAUGUGACAAGAAAUUCAUUUCGGCGAACCAGCUGAAGCGCCAUAUGAUAACUCAUUCAGAAAAACGCCCCUACACCUGCGAGGUUUGCAGUAAGUCCUUCAAACGACUUGAUCAAGUGACUGCACACAAAAUAAUACACAGUGAAGAUAAACCUUAUAAAUGCAAGCUUUGUGGAAAGGGAUUUGCCCACAGAAAUGUUUACAAGAAUCACAAGAAGACCCAUUCUGAAGAGAGACCGUUCCAGUGUGAGGAAUGCAAAGCCUUAUUUAGAACCCCCUUCUCUCUACAAAGGCAUCUCUUAAUCCAUAACAGUGAGAGGACCUUCAAGUGCGAUCACUGUGAUGCCACCUUCAAACGAAAAGACACAUUAAAUGUUCAUAUUCAAGUUGUCCAUGAUGGACAUAAGAAAUACAAGUGUGACCUGUGUGACAAAGCUUUUGUGACACCCUCGGUCCUGAAGAGCCAUAAGAAAACUCACACGGGAGAAAAAGAGAAGAUUUGCCCAUAUUGUGGACAGAAGUUUGCAAGCAAUGGAACACUGAGAGUUCAUAUUCGAAGCCAUACAGGGGAGCGUCCUUACCAGUGUCCUUACUGUGACAAAGCUUUCAGCAAGAACGAUGGCUUGAAGAUGCACAUUCGCACCCACACCCGGGAAAAGCCGUACCAGUGCUCGGAGUGUAACAAGGCUUUCAGUCAGAAGCGAGGCCUGGACGAGCACAUGAGGACCCACACCGGGGAGAAGCCCUUUCAGUGUGAUGUUUGUGACCUGUCCUUCAGCCUGAAGAAGAUGCUGAUCCGACACAAGCUGACUCACAACCCCAACCGGCCCAUGGCAGAGUGCCAGCUCUGCCACAAGAAGUUUACAAGGAAUGACUACCUCAAAGUGCACAUGGAAAAUGUCCAUGGAGAAACUGACAGCUAAAUACAGCCUCAGUGAGAAGAGUGAAUCCAAAGUGUGGUGCAUUUGCAGGUGUAGAAACUCCAGACUUUCCACCUGGCCAGUAAGCACAGUCAGGAGAAACAACUGUAAUGCCUUCACAUGUUAUUUUUCCUGAUUUUGUCAAAAAUAUGUUAGUAGGAAAAAAACCCCAAAGACGUUCUGAUGUAAAACAGCUUGAAAAUAAAAAAAAAUUAAAAAAAAAAAAGAAGAUAAAAGAACUUUGGAAAAAUUUUAUCCUCAUUCAAACAAAGAAGCUUUAAGCAAACUUCUCUUUGCUAAUGACAUCCUUAGAAACUUAGAUAUUAGUAGCAGUGCCUGGAAAUCCUAGACACUUACAACCAAACUCUUGGCUGUCUGCAACUGUAUUUCUGUAUCUAACCUACAAGGCUCCAUUAAAAUUAUUUAAUUUGAAACCACA